AUGUUGCGUUUAGUGCUGCGAGUGCGCCCAUCUGCCAGGCUCACCCGGCCCAGUGUCCUCUCGGGCCCUGCUGCUGCUCCUGCUGCCAGUCCUCGACCCGGACCAGUGUCCUGCCAUCAUCUCAAACGGUACCACUCCAGCGGGCCUGCCCGGAUCCGGAGCUCGUUUCACGGUCGGCGAGUCUGCAACAGCAUCCUCAGUAACAGAUCAUGGGGGCUGAGAAGCCAAACGGCCGCUUUCAGUCAGAGCAUGAGAGUCUACAGCCUGCCGCCGCAUCAGAAGGUGGAACUACCUGCCUUGUCCCCCACAAUGCAGAUGGGCACUAUUGCACGCUGGGAGAAGAAGGAAGGUGACAAAAUCAAUGAGGGAGAUUUGAUUGCUGAGGUUGAAACAGACAAGGCUACAGUUGGAUUUGAAAUGUUGGAAGAGUGCUAUCUAGCCAAGAUCCUGGUUGCAGAGGGUACAAGAGAUGUGCCCAUUGGAGCAGUCAUUUGUAUUACUGUUGACAAACCUGAGCUCAUCUCUUCAUUCAAGGACUUUACAUUGGAUAAAAUCACCAGCUCUGCCCCUGCUGCUGCAGCUCCUCCCCCUCCAGCCACACCCACAUCUGCUCCUGCAGCCCCACAAGUACCUGGAAGCUCCUACCCGCCUCAUAUGAAGGUGCUUCUUCCAGCUCUCUCACCCACCAUGACUAUGGGCACCGUGCAGCGCUGGGAGAAGAAAGUAGGUGAGAAGUUGAGUGAGGGAGACCUGCUGGCUGAAAUCGAGACAGAUAAGGCAACAAUCGGUUUUGAGGUUCAGGAGGAAGGCUACCUGGCUAAGAUCAUGAUUUCUGAGGGCACCAGAGACGUUCCUCUCGGCACUCCGCUCUGUAUCAUCGUGGAAAAGGAAUCGGACAUUAGUGCAUUUGCAGACUAUGUAGAGACAGGGGUUGCUGCUAGCCCACCUCCUGCUCCCACACCGGUGGCCACUCCACCACCAGCAGCAGCUCCAGCAGCUCCCAUCCCGGCCCCUGCUGCUGCUCCUGCCGCUCCUGCUGCUGCUAGGAAGGGAAGGGUGUUUGCCAGUCCUUUAGCCAAGAAGCUGGCGGCUGAGAAGGGAGUUGACAUCACUCAAGUCACUGGAACUGGACCAGAUGGCAGAGUCACCAAGAAAGAUAUUGACAGUUUUGUUCCACCAAAGCUUGCUCCUGCUGCAGCUGCUGCCCCGUCUGCACCCACCCCCAGUCCUCCUGCUGCCCCUGCUUAUGCUGCUGUACCUACAGGAACCUUCACGGACGUCCCUAUCAGCAAUAUCCGCAAAGUGAUCGCCCAGAGGUUGAUGCAGUCAAAACAGACUAUUCCACACUAUUAUCUGUCUAUCGAUGUCAACAUGGACCAAGUUCUUGAACUCAGGAAAGAGCUCAAUGCUGAGGUGAAAGCUGAAAACAUCAAACUCUCGGUCAAUGACUUUAUCAUCAAGGCCUCGGCUCUAGCCUGUUUAAAGGUGCCGGAGGCCAAUUCCUCUUGGAUGGACACAGUCAUAAGACAAAAUCACGUGGUGGAUGUUAGUGUGGCGGUCAGCACGCCUGUGGGUCUCAUCACUCCCAUUGUAUUUAAUGCUCAUAUUAAGGGCCUUGCAAAUAUCAGCAAAGACGUCUCCGCGUUAGCUGCUAAAGCACGAGAUGGGAAACUACAACCUCAUGAAUUCCAGGGUGGAACCUUCACUAUUUCCAAUCUGGGCAUGUAUGGCAUCAAGCAUUUUUCAGCUAUCAUUAAUCCUCCUCAAGCCUGCAUUCUGGCUGUGGGUGGCUCAGAAAAGAGACUGCUGCCUGCGGACAAUGAAAAAGGGUUUGACGUGGCUAACAUGAUGUCUGUGACUCUGAGCUGCGAUCACCGGGUGGUUGAUGGUGCUGUUGGCGCUCAAUGGCUGGCAGAGUUUCGCAAGUUCCUAGAGAAACCGUUUACCAUGCUUCUGUGA